GACCAAACUACAAAUGGAAUGAGAACUCGGUCGUCUAAUAAGGUUGUUCAUCCCGGCGCUCAGCAGCUUACGUGUGGCUCACAGAUGGCUUCUGUCUCAUUCUGUGUAAUCCAAUCAUCCUGCACUACUGUGUCUCACACUUAGUCUUCAGGAGUAAUUGGGAAGCUCGCAGCGACAAUUGUCUCUCCUUCCAGAUGUUGUCAAUAGAAAGAGAGUGUCUGUCACCACCGCUCUGACUAGGAUGUGUCCAUGGCUCUCCAGACCAGAGUUGCUGCAAGCAAGGUUGUUUUGCAGAAUCUCCUUAUAUGUGUCAUUCUCUUCUACACUGUGUACUACGCGGUUCUGGGCAUGUGCUGCAUGAUGCUCAAGGUGUAUGAGUUGGAUGUCCUGGCACCAUUUGAUUUCAAAACGAACCCCUCAUGGCUCAACACAAAUUAUAAAGUCCUUUUAAUCUCAACACAGGUUACCUACUUGGUGUGUGGAUUGCUUUUCGUUCUGGUUGUAGAAGAAUGGGUCUGGGAUUAUGCUAUUUCAGUAACCAUUCUUCAUGUUGCCAUCACUUCAACUGUUAUGUUGGAAUUCCCCUUGACAUCACAUUGGUGGGCUGCUUUAGGAUCCGGCUUAAUUUCAAUGAUAUGUGGAGGCCAGGCUUUCGCAUACUGUUUGUUCAAAGACAACUUUAUCUAUCCAGAUCUGGAUGAGUUUUAACAAAACAGCUGAAUUAAUUCGCCUCAGACUUUCUGUAUUAUUACAUACAUUGUGUCAGAGCUAAAUUGUAGUUUUCUGGUUCACACCUUAUAUUCAAGGUUGAAUGUAUUCUAGAUACUUUAUAACUAUGAAAAGAAAAGGAGAAGUUAAUGGAGAGCAGAAGAAUCCUAGUAAGAUAUUCAUGAGCAGAAUGUUGCAAAUUCAUAAAAUGCAGUAUUUACCAAAGAGUGGACACUAGUUUCAAAAUAUGUUAAUAGUGCCAUGCAAGGAAAAAAAGUUGCAUGUUUAAGUAUAUUUGUAGAAUCUUGGGUUUAUGUAAAAUAUGUUUAUUUUAGGACUUCUCAGAAUCUUUAACAUACUAUUGAGAACAAGACGUGUCUAAGUAGUAGUAUACAUUAUGCACUGUUUCUCAGACAUAUUUGACUAGGGACACACUUUAUUUCUGAGACACAGAGAGAAAGACAGAGCACAAGUGGGGGAGGGGGAGAGAAAGAGGGAGACACAGAAUCCGAAGCAGGCUCCAGGCUCUGAGCUGUCAGCACAGAGCCCGAUGGGGGGCUUGAACCCAUGAACCGUGAGAUCAUGACCUGAGCUGAAGUCGGAGGCUUAACUGACUGAGUCACCCAGGCACCCUGGGGACACACUAGAAAACACUGAUGUAUCGUGUGGGUGUGGAAAUUAUAAUAUAGAAGAGAGUGGAGUUAAAACUACUACAAAUCCCUAUAAGCUGAAUUAAAUUCUAUUACUGUCCCACAGUAUUUGUUUUUGUGAUAGAGCAUUUCUUGUAAAAUUAUUGCCUUUUAAAAAAUAUCAGUGUCUAUUUCUUUCCUUAGACUAUGUUCUUUUAAUAUAGUGCUCCUCAAAAUUUUGUAUGCAUUUGAAACACCUGGAAAUCUUAUCACAAUGCAGAUUUGGGUUUGGAAGGGCUGCGAUGGAGCCUAAAAUUCUGUAUUUCUAACAAUUCCGAGAAAAUGACUGUGCUGUUGGUUCAUGGGCCACAGUUUGAGUAGCAAGGUACAAGUGGUUGGGAGCAGAUAUUUUUAGAGGUUAUAUAGCUCUGCACUGCCAGUCCUAUGUUGUUGUUUUUUUUUUAUAUCAUUGUUAUGCAAUGUUUGUUGAAUUGGAUUAAUACUGAGACUAGUUAAAUUUAUAUAAUUGUCUUAAAUAUUUACCACUUGUAAAUGUAGAUUAAAGUCUCUUUUGAUAUAAAAUAAGUGCACACCAUGGUUACAGCUAAAAUAUAAAUAUAGGGAAAAGGAUAGGAAAGUAACAUAUACCACUUCCCCUCCAUCCACGUAUUCCCACACACAAACAUUUUGGGCAACAAUUAGAAACUAAGUUAAACCAGCUCUAGAAUUGUUUCCUAGAUGACUCUUUUUUACUCUAAAAAUCUAAUUCUUCCAUAAAGGUUUGCAUUUAACCACUAAGAAAUGUCAUGCUAAUUAUAUGUAUUCAUACAUACACAAAAACUACACUGUGUUGAUCAGUUACUGGUUAGAUAAUUCAAGCUUCUCAUGCACAUACAAGCACAAAAGUAUUCCUACUUUCUUCCUUGCUUCUCACAUUUACUUAUUUCCACGAACUUUUGCCUUCCAUCCAUUAUUCUCAAUCUUUCCAUUAAUUUCCUCCAAAAUAUUUCAUCAUGGAAUUAGCAAAAUAUGUAAUUCAUCUAAAUCAGUCAAAGGAUUGUGAAUUCCAAUUAUUAAUAAAGAUUUUUCUUUCAUCUUUAAAGGAAGUCAGCAUAAGGUAGCUAUGAACGGGUCAGCAUUAUCAUCUUUGAUUCUCCAAAUAAAACCCUACUGAAGCACCCAGAAAAGAGUGUUUGGUUAUAUAUAUAACAAAACUCAAUUCUGCUCUAC